AAAGCUUAUGCAAAUUGGUGGAGAUUAGAGACCAGCUUGACUGAGAUUAUACCAGCCACCAUGCCUCCAGCCACGGGCGACGACUUUUCUCCCCUCAUAAAGGUUAGAACUUUCUUCUCCUUUGUCUUUUGUUCCACUAUUUUCAAAUACCCGUUCAUACUAGAGUAAAUUUGUCCAAGAUACAUGGUAGAAGAAGGUUGUCUACGAAACAUAAAUUUAUCCCUGUCCGCACCUGCCAUGUUUCUCAUAGACUUUGAAUAAGAUACUGUUCUUCCCCUACCCCUAGGUUUUGAGGUCCUCUGAGGGCAUUGGACUAACUAACGGGUCUAUCUUAAAAUUCCUUGAAUUGGGGCAGUUUCUCUCCAUACCCAGAAAAGAAGAUUGGAUUUUGAGGUCUUCGUUAGUUUUUGGUUGGUUCUUCAAAAUAUAACCAGAGCUUCUUUCUUCAUUGGCAUCUGAAUCUGCAAACUGGGGAAUUUUUGUGUUGAUUUAUUGGGGGUUAUGAAGUGUUUCACAUUGAGCAAUGGCGACAAGAAAGAAGAAGCAAAGACCCCCAAAUCAGCUUCAGCUCUAUCUGCUAAUUCUACCUUUACUGAUCGUGAAAUUGGUCGAUUGGGAUCUGAAUUGAAUUCUCAGAGUGUCUCUGGUGCCAGUGCUGAGUCCAUGGAGAGGAGGAUCUCUUUUUCCAGCGUGAGUCAAAGACCCAACAAUCUCAGAGAGUUCGCCAUUCCUGAACUCAAAUCAGCCACCAAGAAUUUUAACCGGUCAUUCAUGAUUGGAGAGGGUGGAUUUGGGUGUGUUUAUAGAGGCUUCAUCAAGAGUUUGGAGGAUCCAUCUCAAAAGAUUGAGGUAGCAGUUAAACAGCUAGGCAAAAGAGGGUUGCAGGGACACAAGGAAUGGGUGACAGAAGUAAAUGUUCUUGGGGUGGUUGAGCAUCCAAACCUUGUAAAGUUAGUUGGUUAUUGUGCUGAAGAUGAUGAAAGAGGAAUGCAACGGCUUUUGAUAUAUGAAUAUAUGCCCAAUAGAAGUGUGGAAAGCCAUUUAUGUGCUCGGUCUGAAACAACUCUUUCAUGGGCAAUGAGAUUGAGAAUAGCCCAAGAUGCUGCUCGUGGUUUAAUGCACCUGCAUGAAAAAAUGGAAUUUCAGAUCAUCUUUAGGGAUUUCAAGUCUUCUAAUAUUCUUCUAGAUGAGAAUUGGAAUGCAAAGCUAUCAGACUUUGGAUUGGCUAGGUUGGGUCCUCCAGAAGGAUUAACACAUAUCUCAACUGCGGUUGUUGGAACAAUGGGAUAUGCAGCUCCUGAAUAUGUUCAAACAGGACGUCUCACAUCCAAGAGUGAUGUAUGGAGCUACGGUGUAUUUCUCUAUGAACUCAUCACAGGUAGGCGCCCUAUAGAUCGAAACCGCCCCAAAAGUGAGCAGGAACUAUUGGACUGGGUGAAGCCUCACUUAUCAGAUGUGAAGAAAUUCCAUCGCAUACUGGACCCAAGACUUGAAGGGAAGUACCCCCUCAAGUCAGCCAAAAGGCUUGCUAGUGUGGCCAACCGGUGCUUGGUCAGAAACCCAAAGACACGUCCAAAAAUGAGUGAGGUGUUGGAAAUGCUGAACAAGAUUGUGGAGGCAUCACCAGCAUCUGGAGGUCCUGAACUGCCAUUGAAGAGCUUGCAAUCUAUAGAAACCUUGAGCGACAACAAAACUAAAAGUAAGAGGAGAAUUCUGGAUUUUAGACGUGAAGGUGGUUGGUUAGCUUGGAAGUGGACACCACAGCUUGUGAGGACAUGUUCGUAGCAUAAGUUUAGGCAGAGUCAGCCUGCAGUCUUCUGAGCUUCCAUGGAUUUAUCAUUUAGUUAACACAAAAUUUAAGGUAUACUUUCUGUGAAUUCCCUCUUAUAUAAUAUAUAUAUAUAUAUAUGAAAUUAGUGUUUAUUCGUCUUACCGUUUAAAUAUUAAGAGGAAAAUUAUUCUAAAAUUAUGUUAUUUCAAUAAAGCAUUAAAGGGAAAAACAAAAAUAAAUAGGGUAUUUUAGUUUUUUUUAAAUAGAUGUUUAUUGAAAUGACAUAGUUUUAAAAUAAUUUUUCUCCAAAUCUUUAAAAGGUAAGAUGGAUAGGUAUUAACCCCAUAUAUAUAUAUAUAUAUAUAUAUAUUCUUGUAUACAUUAGUUGAGUGGAAAAGGAUACAAUGUUUACAUUAAUUAGAAAUAAGGAUAAUUUGAGUGGAAAACUGUAAUGAGAAGUUAAAAUUGGCUUCCUUUCAAUAGAAUUAUUUUUUAGUA